AGCACCAGUCACUGUACCAUCACCACAGUUAUCACUGUCUGGGAGCACCAGUCACUGUACCAUCACUACAGUUAUCACUGUCUGGGAGCACCAGUCACUGUACCAUCACUACAGUUAUCACUGUCUGGGAGCACCAGUCACUGAACCAUCACUACAGUUAUCACUGUCUGGGAGCACUAGUCACUGUACCAUCACUACAGUUAUCACUGUCUGGGAGCAUCAGUCACUGUACCAUCGCUACAGUUAUCACUGUCUGGGAGCACCAGUCACUGAACCAUCACUACAGUUAUCACUGUCUGGGAGCACUAGUCACUGUACCAUCACUACAGUUAUCACUGUCUGGGAGCACCAGUCACUGAACCAUCACUACAGUUAUCACUGUCUGGGAGCACCAGUCACUGAACCAUCACUACAGUUAUCACUGUCUGGGAGCACCAGUCACUGAACCAUCACUACAGUUAUUACUGUCUGGGAGCACUAGUCACUGUACCAUCACUACAGUUAUCACUGUCUGGGAGCACCAGUCACUGUACCAUCACUACAGUUAUCACUGUCUGGGAGCACCAGUCACUGUACCAUCACUACAGUUAUCACUGUCAUCAUGAUAACCAGCACACAAUCUCUCCUGCUGAUUCUCUCUCUGGGCGUGAGACUGAGCGUGGAGGUGUGUGCCCCAGACUGCUCAGGUGUGGACCCAGGCAUCAGUGUGAGGGACCCCACUGACUGUACCAGAUAUUACGUCUGCCUCAGUAUCAACGGUGUGAACACACCGUCAGAGUUCCCAGUAGAGUGUCCAGACAGUCAGUACUUCAACGAUGGCCACACUGUUCCUCGUUGCGACCCCAUCGCGGACGCUCCUUCCGACUUCUGCUCCGACUUGUGUGAUCCCUGCAUCCCAGAUUGUAAUGGAAAUAACGCUGGCACUGAACAACCCGAUCCACUGUCCUGUUCUCAAUUUGACGUUUGUUUGGUAGAUCCUGGACAUUACUUGGAGAACUUUUGCCCCUCGGACGCCCCUUAUUUUGAUUUCAGACAUAGUGUGUGCCAGUCUGACCCAACUCUCUGCUACGGCUACUGUGAUUUAUGCUUGCCUCACUGUACCUAUAAUGGUCAGCUCGUUAUAGACCCUGUAAACUGUCACGAGUUUUACCUAUGCUCACCUCCAACUAUGGCCCACUUCUUAUGUCCCAGCAACCAGGUAUUCAACAGAUUGACAGGAGAAUGUGAGGCCGAUGCUGACUGUGAGAUCCUGUGUGUCGCAAAAAACAUUAACCUUUCAAGCAGUAAGACAAAAUCAUCCUGUUAAAUAUAAUCACAGACCUGUUAAGCAGGGGGAAGCAAACCUCUGAAAUAAAACCGGGUAAUUGAUACUGACAAGUGGUUAAAAAGACAAGCGAGCAAACACUAGAACAUGUUUAAGAUAAAUUAUUUCGGUCCUGAAAUCUUGAUCAAGGUCCCGGGACCGACUGUGUUUACUCACGUUUAUUUUAAAAGCAAGAAAAUUGUUUUAAACAGGAUAUCGGACCUUACAAAGAAGGAAUUAGAAAUACCUUUGUUUAACAUGGGCCAUCGAUCUUCUGUUAAACAGGGGGUCAGAGACCAUCUGUUAAACAGAGACACAAAGAUCGCUCUUUCAAACAGGUGUUCACCAUGACGACCAACAGGUCAGAGACUCUUUGUUAAAUAUUAAAGUACCAAGAAUAUUUGACCUAAUUCAUAAAUAUUUAUUAUAAAAA